CACCAAAAACAUGGCUGCUGCUUGCACUGCAGUGAGACAGUUUUCUGCCACAGCCUGGCCAAUCAGCAAGAAGGAUUUGCUUCUGACCUUGUGAACUCUCUGAAAGAAGUUUGGAGCCAAAAUGAAAGUGAGGCUGAGGUUAAGCAGGAAGAAGAGAAGAAGAAAGCAUGGUCUCUGCACAGCAGCCUGAGAUUUCUUCUCUCUGCUGUAAGUGUUCCUGCUGAUUUAUCUGAGUAG